ACUUAUUUAUGAAACAAUUUUUUUCUUCUAAAAAGUCUAUCAUUAAGAAACGGAAGGAGUAUAAAACACUAGCAAUAUUCAACUAUGAAAUGAUUUUUUAAAUAAAAAUUGAAAUACAUGUUCAUGUUCUAAAUUCUAAUGCAUCCUAUCAGUUAUUUUGAUACACUUCCCUUAAUUUUGAUUGAGCCUUAAAUGCUAAUAUGAAUAUGGAAAACAAUAAUUAAUUUUUUGACCGGUUUAUGUUAUGCGAAUUGACUCGCUUAGUUCAACUAGUCUUCUUUGAAUAAUAUCAACUAUCAAGUACAAUGAAUCAUGAUUAAAUUGUUAUAAUUCAGGUAUGAAGACCAGAUUUUUACCCAAAGUAAAAGAAUUCAAAAUCAUUAAGUCAAAUAUUCCAAGAACCAUUAAUACAAAUGAAUAUGUAGUCAUAAAACAUGAACCUAUAAAAAUCAACAUAUAUAUAAUUGUAGACUAAAUCAAGUGUUUAGUUACAAUAAGAAGGCUUGUAAUCAGUAACGAAAUCAAUUACUCUCCAUUUCAUACCCCUCUUUGACAUUCAAUGAUGAAUCUUGUGAAGUUCUUGGUUAUUGUCAUGACCAUCUCAAUGGCUUUAUGUCCAGCAUUAGUCCAAUGUCGACAGAUAAAAUGUGACUGGUUAAGUGGGAAUUGCAUCAAAGGUGGAACAGAAGACAUCACGAAGAUGAUAUCAUAUAUAGGUGUGAGCCAUAGGAUUCUCCAAGGGACACGGUAUAUAAACUACGAUGCACUGAAGCACAAUGUACCAGCUAAACAACAUGGUCAAAAGGAUCGACCGGAUAACUCAUACCGGCGAGGUUGUACUCUCGCUACAGGAUGUUACCGGCUUACGAAUUAAAUAACAUAAAUACUAAUUUUUAUUUUUAGCGUAACACAAAAAGAUUUUUUGUUUUUCUCUUUGGUUUCCAUUUUUCUGUUAAUGUAUUUUUUAUCACCUUUGAUUGGCAUCUUCUGUAACAUUGAAAUUUUCAUUACUGUCUCCAGUAACAUUGGAAUUUUCAUUACCAUCUUAGGUAACAUCUAAUUCACUUGGGUGAAAGGGAAAUUGUAUAUAUGACUAACUGAAGUAUAUAAUCUACACCAUCAUUAACCUAGAAUUAGGGAGGGGGUUUAGGAUCAAUUAAUUCAUGUACUCGAUCUUAAGAUCCCAAAACUUUUAACCAAUAGUAAUUUAAUAACUUUACAUGACUAUUCUAAUACUUAAAGUAAAAAUUCUAGUAACCAAAUCGGAAUAGAAUAACCAACGAAACAUAACACCAUAUAAAAAGAUCUAACAGACUUAGAUAAUGAGUCCGGCCUAGAAUUUUUUGUUCAAGAAAAGUACCAAUUCUGAAGUUUUGAAAACGUUUCUUUUGUGGUACUAUCUCCUUCAGCUUUCUCGAAAAUAUGUGCCAUGCUUCUGGACUGUGAAUCACUAUUAUUAGAUCUUGACAAUCUGUUCCAAAGCGUUGCAUGUUGAGUGUUGGAGAAUACAUUUUAUCGGCCAUAUGAAUGCUUCAAAUUUAGCUUGUAGUGGAGACAACCUUCUCCUACGGUUUCUGGUUCUAACAAGUAGUGUUUUCCUAGAUUGAUCUUUCCAAAUCCAACAUCGCAACCGUUAAAAUGUAAGUCUUGACGCCAAGAACCAUCGAACAUUCAAAUAUUUUGAAAGAUUACAGCUUAUGUUAGUUGAUGAUUUUUUUGUACGUCAAGUUGAUUUUCUCCCAUAUUUGCCUCAUGCCAA